AUGGUCUCACCAUUACUGAUUGUCUUUGUCGUUUGGGCACUCGCUUAUGGCCACUAUCAUGAUACUCAAAAAGAUGUAGUUACUUAUCAUAAUAGUACUAAGAAUGCUAAGGCUCCUCCUAAGGUUACUUAUCCUGAGGAUCUUGAACCUGCUAAUCUUACUGCUAAUAAUAUCACUAAAAUCACCGUAACUGACAACAAGGGCAAGGCAAUUGCUACUUAUAAUCAGGAUAAGGGUACUGCUACUGCUGAUACUGCUCAUGCUCUUUCUAUUAAAAUUAAGGAUACUGUUGGGGGUGAGGAUGGUCGUGAGACUACUGAUACUACUACUGCUUAUUUUAAGAAGGGUCCUACUAAUCCUGAUGGUGCUCCUAAUACUAUUACUCUUACAACUACUGAUGGUAAGACUAUUACUAUUACUGGUAAACCUAUAACUGCCACUGUUCCUUAUGGUCAUAUAUUUACUGAAAAGUUUGAUACUAAUGCAGUUCAUCCACAUAUAGUCUCUCCUACACUUAUGUUAGUUGUUGGUAUGGGACAUCUCAUAGUCACCAUAUUUCCACCAGUCAUAAUCGCUUUCCUCAGAUUAAAAGGAAAUGUUUGGUCACCUCAACAUAACUUACGAGGCUCUUGGGGGAUAUAG